AUGAUUACACUUAAUUCAUUAAACUUCUGCACAUCAGAGUUUUCAAGCAAGUCCAGCAAUCUGGUGCAGCCAAGUCCCCAACCACAAACACUGGUUAUUGGUGCAACAGAUUACCGAGAGCAACAUGUUAGUUCUGGUGUAGUCCAAGAAAAUGCUGUUGCAUAUGUUGCAGGAUAUCUCCUGAAGAAAUGUUUCAACAUCCAUGACUGUUCCACAUGUAAAGAGACUUUGGAGUCAGCGAAUUUGGAUAACAGCAGCAAAUUAUUCUGCUACUUCAAAAACUAUAAAGAGGACAAUAGUUCUGGAGGAUUACAUAUGCCUCCUCAGUGUUUCCUCGACUAUAUUUUGCGCCUGGAGGACAGCUUCGUGAAAAACUUCUCAGUUUAUACCAAGUCCACAACAGUCGGUGGUAAGCUGCUGAAGACCCUUAAUGGUAUACCCAUCACAUUCCAACACUGCCCAACAUUUCCUGUGGAAUAUAUGCUUUCUAAGGAUGCGUAUCUAUUACACAAUCAAGUUUGCAAACAGGAACUUUGCAGCUAAAAAGAAAAGCAGAAAAUAUAUCAAAGUAACCCAUUUAUAAACCACCUACAUCUUAUAAACCAUGCUUUAUAUUCAUGUUACAUUUAUGUAAAUAUAGUCUCGAGAAUCUAAGUGGUAUAAAAUGCCAAGAUUAGUAUUUACCAUCAUUAUCAAAGAUCAAAACCAGCAUUUAACAUUGAUAUUUUAAAAAUAUUUUAUAUAUUAAUAAUUAUUGACAUUGAUGAUUGAACAGAACUCCAAGAAAGAACAUAAUAUAAACGUGAAUAGUCCAGAAAAGUUAUAUCUAACGACAUUUUUUCAGAUAUUCAAUAUAUCAUUCAUUUGUCUAAACAGUACCAUCUUGUGUCCACAUACUGCUCACUCUUACGAACGAUUUCAAUCACUUUAAAUACAGUUGUUAAUCUCAUAAAUACAAAAAUACACUCCUCUUACCUUCGCCUUUAAUGUACUAUCCACAGAAAAUACGAUAAAAGACAAAAUCACGAAAUUUUCCAUUUUAUUACUGAAAAUGCACUUCUCGCCAAUACAUUUCCCUAUUAUACUUGCUGCAAUCUACUUGCCAGCAACAUGGCGGCCGUCAAUUUCCGGUGCGAGGCGGCAGCGUCAAAAACAUCAAAGGAGUGGCCUUUCUGUUCAUUCUUUAUUCUGUGGUACAGUGUCAGACGCGCACAUACUGCCAUACGAAUACAUAUAAAUUUUCGAGUUUUCUACUUCUACUAAGGAUACUAACAGUUUUCAUUGUGUCUCAAUCAUCUGUUUAUUUCUAGUUCAAUAUAAGUUCAUUUAUAUUUCUAUAUUUAUUUGAUAGUGGCAUAUAUAGUAUGUGAUACAUGUAGGCUAUUUACACACAAGCAAUCCUGGAUAUGAUAGAGACGAUACAAGGUGUCCAUUAAAAAAUAACGGUAUUCUAUUUCACAAAGCAAAAAAGUUAAAUCUCACUUGUAUUAUUAAGAAUAUAUAUAAAGCAGAGAAUUAAAGCUUGUGUCAAAACGAAAGCUGUUUAUAAAAUUUAUAAAUGUGGUAUAAACACAAUAGUAAACAGUAAGACAAAUAUAUUGUCGUUUGACUUAUCUUUGAUGUAUGACUUUACUGUAAUACCGUAGAUUUUCAACACACAGCUAGACUUUGACAUAUAUACCAUGAUCGUUGAGAUCUUGCAGGAAAUUUUGUAGUCUUUUGAUGGGAUUUAAGUUUUGUGAUAAGGCCUUUUAUAAUCAACAAUCUCGAUACAGUUGGCGCUCUUGGCCGUUUGGCGAUAUUUCGGAAAUCAAAAGAUCUCGCUAUUUCGUUCCAAUUCCACAUCUCAUCAAUAAAUAUAUUCUUUUGGUUCGAGUAUCAGGAUAUACUUUAAUACUAACAGUUAAAUAAAUAUAAACCACAUUGGUCGGUCUAGAGAUACGAAUUUUCUUGUGCUUUAAAUUAAUAUUGCCACGCCGCCCAGGCAUGCUUUCUUCGGCAAGUUUAUACGUUGAAAUCUGAUCCAACUUGCUUGAAUUGUAACUCGACACUAGAUUAUAGAGUAGAAAGUCACAUCACGAUAAAUAUUAAUUUUUAAUUGCAGUUCUCUUCACGAUUUCUUGUCGCAAAUUUAAAUUUCAUCACACAAAAUUGCAAAUAUUGUUACAAACACGACAAACACGCUCCUCUCCCACCCUGCCCAUAGUAUCAUUUUAAUGUGACCAGCCGUGACCAGCCGAAACCAGGGUCUUUCCUUCGCCUCGCGCCGUUCUAAGAAAGACCCUGGGAACGAGGUUGUGAAAGAACAAGGCUCAUUUGUCAUUAUUUUUGAAAGAUUUUUACUCUUAACCAUCGUAGCAUAUCUGCUACAUGUUUUAAUUAAUUCUGUUUUAUUAAACGGUAGUACCCCCCUGUAGAAAAUUAAUUAUUCAUAAACAAAGACGGCGGCUCAAGGAGAAGCACAUGUUCGCAAAUCCAAGGUAAUUUCUUUGCUUUUUUCUUGUCCUUUUUCCCUGAAGUCAACAUGUUUUUGUUAUUAUAUCUAAAAUAGUACACCUAUACAAUAUUUUGAACCAAGAUAUAGCGAGGAAUUUUGCUUUUAAGUUGUGAAAUUUUGAAAUUGAAAUUCGUUGUAGCAAAUGUGCUACAUUGGUCAAUUGUGGUAACCCAUCACCUAAUCAAACCAGAUAAUUAUCUGGUUUAUUUCUUCAGUUUUUGGCCUAUAUAUUUACAAGUACAAUAGCACACAAUAAAAUAAUGUUUUGCUCUACUUGUUUAUCUUUUACUCAGCUUGUAUUUUAUGUCAUAUCUUAUCUUUUCUGCAAAUCUCAGCUGAUAGGUAUCAUGUUGAUGAUGUCCUUGACAUUGUUGAUGGAUCGGACAGAGAGUUUAGUGAAUUGUCAAGUGACGAUGAGUUGGAUGAUGAGUCGUCCUAUCCUGAUAGAAGUAAUGGUAACACGCAGAGCAAAUCUGGAUCUGAUGAUUUCAAUUUGUCAGAUGAUGAGCCUCUUGCUUCGCUUGCAAAUCAACAAGAUGCUGCUGUUGAAUCUGGGUAUAAAUUCAACAAUCGAAGGGCAUUCAUCCCACCAUCAGAUUUGGAGUUUGUUGAUGUUGCUGCUGAACCAGAACCCAUAGAUAAUACUCCCUAUGGCUACUUCAAAAGUUUUGUGACUGAUGAUAUGUUUGAGCACAUUGCUUUGGAAUCGAACAAGUAUGGGCAUCAGAAAAAUGGAGAGCCUACAAACCACUGCAAAGGAACUUGA